AUGGAGAUCCCCUCCAGCAGUAACGCCAAUUGCUUUGAUUUUGCUUUAUAUGAUUAUCUGCAGUCGUAUCACAUCUCCUCCAGCACUAGCACAAGUUGCUUUGAUCUUGCUUUAGAUAUCCUAGCCGAGCUUGAGAAUGGGUACAUAUUUCCCUGGCGCUUCGAGACCCUGAAGAAGGAGGUAAGAUUAAUGAAAACCUGUUUUCUGUAUGUCAAAAAGUGUAGGAGGAGGAGGAACCACGAAGCGCUUUUGGAGCAUGAUCGCGAGGACAGGUGUAAUAUUAUGUCUGAAAGUUUGAGACGUAGUAUUAUUUGCUUCAGAAUUCAAGAUGUGGCUAUCAGGAUGAUUCAAGAACUUCAGCCUGCUUAUUUUCGAUGUAUUCAAUCUAGUUAUCACUUUGACAUCAUUGAAAGUGCGGUUACCAGAUCCAAGGAAAAGAUCAAAAUGUUUCUUGAGACAGAUCUCAAGAAAUCAUGCGCCGCCAUCUUCAUCGACUAUUACUCACCAGGAGAUCCACGACUAGUUAUGGAUCUUAUUAUGUGCCUUUUAGAGACUCUGGAUUGCGUUUUACGUGAUAGGGAGCUAAGGGAUACAAUUAGACACAGGCUAAAACUCUUAAGGAAUCUCAUUGGCGUUGUGGCAAUGCAAGGUUUUGAAUGUGCACAACUGACAGAUCUCUUGACCUACACUGUAGUUGCAGCUGGAUGCCUGAUUUCUGUAUGUAAGUUUUACCGUGAUGAUGAUGCACGAGUGCUCGAUCGAAUGGAAUCUGAAAUUUGUCAGCUGAUACAAGAGAAGAUCAAUCUUCUUGAUCCCCAAGUCCGAGAAACUUUUGUCCAUUUCCUGACAGCUUCAAAGAAACAACCAAGAUCAUCAUAUGAUUUAGCCCUUCAGAAGAAUGAGGAUCCAAUCGUUCCAGUGAAGGAUCAAAUACUAAGACUCCAUGAGGAAAUAAGAUGCCUGGCUAUCGUUCUUAAACAGGAGGAGAAACUAGGUGAUGAAAUAAAGGAUCUUAUUGGAGUUGUGGUCUCUGAUGUAGGAAUUUUGACCUUCUCCCUUUCUGUCAAUGAAAUCAAAGAAGGCUUGCCUGAGGAAAGAGAUCUUGGGUUGUUUCAUUUGCACAAAGUUCUCAAAUAUAUGGUGGCAGAGGUUGCACACAAUUUUCCACUAAAAUCACCAUAUUUAUCAUUUAAUUAUCCUAGACCCAAUGAGUUGGGCUGUAUGGAUUCUUUCCUAGAAAAUCUCAAGGAACUAGCAAGGUGUGAUGAGGAUGAUGAUUCAAUUGGUUUUCAACAGGAUAGAAUCCAAAUGAUCCAAAAAGAUCUCGUAUUCUUAAGAUCUUUCCUGGAAAAUAUCAAGGAGAAGCGCUAUCAGAAUGGAAAACUUCAAGCUUUCUGGAGUCAUGUUAUGGAGGCUGCAUACAAGGCAGAGUUACUGAUUGACUUGGCACUUGUUGGUGAUAAAUGUGAAGAUUCUUUGGAUGUUGUUUCUAGAGAUAUCAAUCUUUUGAAGAUUGAGGCCCCAGAGAUCCAUAAUGGUCAAACCCAAAGAGUUAACAAGACUUCCCUUCACAUACCAUCACAACUUACCAUCGCCAUGCACGACAAAGAUCUGGUAGGUCUCAAAGAUGAGGUGGAAACUAUUACUCAUCGGCUUACGAGAGGAUCAAAGCAAUUGGAUGUUGUUCCCAUUGUGGGUAUGCCAGGCCUUGGUAAGACCACAUUAGCCAAUAAAAUUUAUAAUGCUCCUUCAGUUAGGUCACAUUUCCAUGUUCGUCGUUGGUGUCGUGUUUCUCAAACAUAUAGCAUACACAGUUUGUUAGUUGAGCUUUUGUGUAGUAGUUCUUCUGAGAGUUCUGAUGAAUAUCAUAAGAUGGAUGAAAAUGAUUUGGCCAUGAAGCUAAGGCAGGUUUUGCUGAGAAGUAGGUAUCUCCUUUUUUUGGAUGACUUGUGGGACAUUGAGGCAUGGAAUUUGUUGGAAAAAUCACUGCCGAAUGAUGCCAAUGGAAGCAGGAUUCUCUUCACUAGUAGAUACCAGGAUUUAUCUUUGCAUUUCAUACCUAAUAGCGAGCCUCACCAUCUCCGCCAUCUUAAUGAUGAAGAGAGUUGGGCAUUGCUACAGAGAAAGCUAUUUGGCAUGGAAGAUUGUCCUCCAGCACUAAGUGAAGUUGGAUCUCAAAUAGCAAAACUUUGUCAGGGCUUACCCCUCACAGUUGUCCUUGUUGCUGGAAUUCUUGCUACUACUGCACAAGAUAGUUGGGAAGAAGUUGCAAAAAGUCUAAGUUCUAUUGUCCUUGAGGAUGAAUACUGCAUGAAGGCACUUGAGCUGAGUUAUAGUCAUUUACCAGAUUAUUUGAAGACAUGCCUUUUGUACUUUGCUGCAUUUAAAGAAGAUGAGGUUAUUUAUGUGCGAAGGUUGUUACGGCUUUGGAUCUCUGAAAGAUUCAUGCAACAGGCUGAAGGAAAGAGCUUAGAGGAAGCAGCUUAUGACUACUUGACGGCUCUAAUUAAUAGAAGUUUAGUUAUGGCUGUCGGACAAAGAACUGUGGGUGGUGCCAAAUAUUGUCUACUUCACGAUUUGGUACACGAGUUUUGUGUGAAAAAAGCCAAAGAAGAAAGUUUUCUAUAUGCUAUUCAUAGUUGGAACCCUCUUUGUCUUACUGGAUCAAGCAACCCCCACCGAGUUUGUGUCCGCAAUACCAGAGAAUUGAAGAUUUGGGAGUUAACGCUUAUUUUUCCCAAUUUACGCUCUUUGAUCUUGUUUGGACAAGAUUAUUUUAAACAUGAAGAGGAGGAUUUGGGUAUUUUGUUACCUAAACUUCUCAGAGUGUUGGAUUUCGGGAAGUUGGGCUUUGAUUAUUCUUUUCCAAUGGAAGUAGUGUUGCUUGUACACUUGAGAUAUCUGGCGCUCAAAGGAGUAACAUACAUCCCACCUGCGAUAGCCAAUCUCUCAAGGUUAGAAACUCUCAUCGUAGAAGAUCCGUGUCUUGGUAUUGAGCUGCCAAGUACUAUUUGGAACAUUAAGACAUUGAGUCAUCUACGUGUUUUAAAUUAUGAUGGAGUAUGGCCAAUGGGUUUUAUUUUUCCACUUGGAAAUCUUGAAGGAUCCCUAGAUUUAGAUCAUUUAGACACUUUAGACCUUGCAAUUGAUCCCUCCCCUCAAAGCUUGCAAAAGAUACUGAGAAAGUUACCAAGCAUUCGCAGGAUAAAAUGUAUGGAACGACCAAGAGAAGCUACCAGAAAUUGCAACGAGAUUCUUGAGUUUGACGGUUUGAGUCAACUAGAAUCACUUCAUUUGUUUGGUUUUUGUGGAUGUGGAUUUAAAUUCCCGUUGAAUUUGAAAAAGUUGGCUCUCUCAAAUAAUGGUCUGCCAUGGAGUGAAAUUUCAACAAUUGGAAAGUUGCCCAAUCUUGAAGUGCUUAAAUUAAUUGAGGAUUGCUUUGUUGGGGAAGAAUGGGUAAUGAAAGAAGGGGAGUUCCCUAAACUCCGAGUCUUAAAAUUGUUAGGGUUGGAAUUUCGCAACUGGACUGCAUUUUCUGAUAAUUUUUCCCGCCUUGAGAAAUUGGUCUUGUGCUCGUGUGAGGAGCUGGAAAAGGUCCCUUCUUGUUUGGGGGAGUGUGAGACUCUUGAAAUGAUUGAGGUGGAAGGGUGUCAUGCGUCUGUUAUAGAUUCUGUAAAGGAAAUUCAACAAGAACAGAUGGAUAUGGGAGAGGAACCCCACAAACACAUGCAGGAAUUUGACGUGGUAUGUUCGAGUAUGAAGCCUUCGGGAGUAACCGAUGAACAAAUUAAAUUAAGGGCCUUCCCUAUUUCUCUCAAGGAUUCGGCAAAGGACUGGUUAUACUGUCUACCUGCAGGCAUUAUCACCACGUGGCCAGAGAUGCAGAAAAAAUUUUUUGAAAAAUAUUUCCCUGCAUCUAGAGCUGCUAGUUUGCGAAAGGAAAUAUGUGGCAUCAAGCAAUUUCAGGGAGAAUCCUUGUAUGAAUAUUAG